AUGUUGGUAGUUUUUCUUGAUCGGAAGGCUGCUUUUGACUCUGUCGAUCGUCAGAAACUUCGGUGGUGUCUGAUAUUCAAAGGUGUCCCUUCCAAAUUUAUAUCUUUUAUGACGGCUCUGUAUGCGAACUCCCGUGGUUUUGUACGACAAGGCUGCCCUCUCUCAUCUUUCCUCUUCAACUUUGUUAUUCAUGUGCUGCUUGAGAUUUCUCUGCCUGAUUCCGAAACCUCGGAGGUCGAGAUGCUCUCGCUAUACUACCCAAUGGACGCAUCCACGGAAACCGGUCAGCCGAUAAACGAGCUCAGUCUUCCGCUUGUGGAACUGUUUGUCAAAGCAGCUCCCUCUAAUCCAUCGGAAAUCGCCCCCGGUCUUCUUGAUCAUCAGUGGCUUAUGGUGUUGCGCGUAUUGGAAGAUAAGCACCUGAUCCGGCUGCGGGUUACACCAAUCAGCAUAAAAAAUCCACCGGAAAGUUACAUAAAGCUUAACGUUGCUCGGUGCAUCCCUAUCGCAUGGAUCGAAUCUGGACUGCUUGAGGGAGAGAACGCUGCUGGAUCCGUAAUAAACUCUUCUGGAUCAUUGGAAACCUUGAUGGUUAAAGUGGGACUGUCAUACCUUGAUCCCAAACUCAAGCUUGACGAUAUCAAGGAAGCCGAGAGCGUUUUUGAGGACCUAUAUAAAAAUUUGAUGCACUACGUGCGAAACAACGUAAGCAGUCGCUUGCUGUCCAGCUUGACAAAGUUGAAUCAAUAUAUGGCGUCCAAGCCGGGUCCGUACCUACUGGGUCCAGAAUUGUCCUAUGCAGAUUGCCAGUUGAUGCCUAAACUGCAACACGUUCGUGUCGCUGGUCAUGCUUACAAGGAGUUUGAAAUUCCCCGGGAUCUAACACACCUGUGGAAGUACAUUGCCACCAUGUACAAAUGUGAGUAUUUUCGGAAUUCAUGUCCCUCGGAUCGCGACAUGUUAAUGCAAUAUGCUGAGCGGGACCCAUUGUCAAAAGACUUUCAUCCAGGAUUGCUCGGGCCUGGGUUUUCCGAUGCUAUUCCGGAGGAUGUUCAAUUUGGGCAUCAACAGCAGCAGUCGCUACAAACCGAACACAAGGAGUAUGAGGAGCAUCCCGAAAAUACUACGCCGCAGUUCGAAGCGCAGCAUUCUCAAGAGAAUGGCGAUGUAGAGGUUGAUGAGCCUUAG